AUGGCGGAACAUGAUAUAGAUAGAACACUCCGGAAAGAGGAGAAAGAGUUAACAAAGGACAAAGAAAUCAAGAGAAUCAUCCGAUGCUUCAGGUUGGACUAUUACACAGUUCUAGGAAUUCAACCCGGAAUCACUAAAGAGGAUAUAGCAAAAAUAUAUAAAAAGAAGUCUUUGUUGAUACAUCCGGACAAAACUAGGAACCCGCGUGCAGUUGAUGCGUUUGAUUUACUUCGAAAAGCUGCUACAGCUUUGGCAGAUGAUAAGAAGAGAGCUGAAUUGGAUAAUACAUGGGCAGAUGCAAGAAGUGAGUUGAUACAGGAAAAAGGCUGGACAGUGAAUGAUGAUCGGCUUGUAGGAUCUGAGUUUUUGAGUGAAUGGCGUGCAAAAGUGAAGGAAAUACUCAUAGAUUCGGAAUUUGUGAAAAGACUUGCCUUAAAGAGGGAGCAGGCAAAGCAAGCACGUGAAAGGCGGGAGGAAGAUGAAUUGAAAGAGGAGAAAAAGCGUGCUAAAAAGCAGGAGGCAAGCUGGGAGUCUCACAGGGAUGAUAGAGUGCAAAACUGGAGAAAGUUCUCGAAAAAGCUCAAACACAAAAAGCAGAAGGAAAGCCGGGCCAAAGUCUUGAUAUAG